CUCAUCAAAUGGUCAACACUCGCCAUCACAGCAUUUGCACACAUCAAUCCUCCUGUUUCUGCAUCAUCCUCUUUGCCAACAUUAAACACUAGAGGGAAAUUUUGAUACAGCGCUUGCUCCUCCACAGCUCUUCACCCUACCAAGUUCUCAAAAUGCCGAGUGCCACCGGCCAGAGCUGGGAAAAGUACCAGAAGACCUUCGCCGACGAUGAAGAGCCAGAGAAGAAAAUCACACCUUUAUCAGAGGAGGAUAUCCAAGUAUUACGGACGUAUGGAGCUGCUCCGUACGCAGCCGCGUUGAAGAAGCUCGAGAAGCAGAUCAAGGACAAACAACAGAGCGUUAAUGAAAAGAUCGGUGUCAAGGAGUCAGACACAGGACUCGCCCCUCCACAUCUAUGGGAUAUUGCCGCCGACCGACAACGAAUGUCCGAAGAACAACCUCUCCAAGUUGCACGAUGCACCAAAAUCAUUCAAGACGAGAAGGAUCCUGACAAGAGCAAAUACGUAAUUAACGUCAAGCAGAUCGCCAAGUUCGUCGUCAAUCUGGGAGAGAGAGUCAGUCCUACAGAUAUAGAGGAAGGCAUGCGGGUAGGCGUGGAUCGACAGAAAUACUCCAUCAUGCUUCCCUUACCACCAAAGAUCGACCCCAGCGUUACCAUGAUGACGGUGGAAGACAAGCCCGAUGUGACAUACGGAGAUGUUGGAGGCUGCAAAGAACAGAUUGAGAAGCUCCGAGAAGUCGUGGAAAUGCCUUUACUGUCUCCAGAGCGAUUUGUCAGUCUGGGUAUCGAUCCGCCCAAAGGAGCACUACUUUAUGGACCUCCUGGUACUGGCAAGACGUUGUGCGCUCGUGCGGUAGCCAACAGAACCGAUGCCACCUUUAUUAGAGUCAUUGGCUCUGAGCUGGUACAGAAGUAUGUUGGUGAAGGUGCACGAAUGGUUCGAGAACUGUUCGAGAUGGCGCGGACGAAAAAGGCAUGCAUCAUUUUCUUCGAUGAAAUCGACGCCAUCGGUGGCGCUCGAUUCGACGAUGGUGCGGGUGGAGAUAACGAAGUCCAGAGAACCAUGUUGGAGCUUAUUACUCAAUUGGAUGGUUUCGACUCGAGAGGAAAUAUCAAAGUCAUGUUCGCUACGAACAGGCCGGCCACUCUUGAUCCUGCCUUGAUGCGACCAGGUCGUAUCGAUCGUAAGAUUGAGUUUGCGUUGCCGGAUCUGGAUGGCCGUGCGAACAUUCUCAGGAUUCACGCGAAGAGCAUGUCCGUCGAGCGUGAUAUCAGAUGGGAACUGAUUGCCCGUCUGACCGGUCAAGCGACAGGUGCCGAACUGCGAAGUGUGGCGACAGAAGCCGGAAUGUUCGCCAUUCGAGCGAGAAGGAAGGUUGCCACGGAACAAGACUUCCUGCAGUCCGUCGAGAAAGUCAUCAAAGGCAACUCCCGAUUCAGCUCUACGAAUGUUUACGCUCAAUACAAUUAGCGGCCUCUUUUGGUGGUGUUUUCGGCAUAGAAGAGCAUGGAUUUGCCUGGAGUUUGUCAAGAGUAGAUCUUCGACGCAAAGACCGCCCUGGGUGCGAUGGUCGUGUAAGAAUACUUUCAGAAUGCAAAAUAUUGCACUGUAUUUCGUGUCUGGGUCUGAUCGAUUCUCUUUCUACGCCUUGUCUGUGAUUGUCCAUCCAGUAAUGAGCCAG